CACGACUCAGCCCGCCAGCUCCUAUCGCCUCCUUCCGCUCUCCCCGCCCCCGGAAGCGCGCCAGCGCGUGCGCACGAGCCCGAGGCGGCCUUCACUACUCCGGCGAGCGGCGCGUGAGCGAUUUCUUCUUCCCGCGCCCGCCAGCUUCCUCUCCGUUCGGGAUCCGUUUCCUCUCUCCGAAGCCGGAGCAGCGGCGAGCACUCAGGAUAUAUUUUUGCCAUCAUGGAUCGGUUCGGAGAUAUAUCAGAAGGUGAAGUGGACCAUUCUUUCUUUGACAGUGACUUUGAGGAAACAAAGAAAAGUGGAAGUAACUCAGUUUUUGACAAGCAAAAUGAUGAUUCUAAAGAGAGAAUAGACAAAAAUACAGAAAAUGUAAACUCAAAAUUUAGAAUGCAAAGAAAAGAAAAUAAUCUUACUGAGAAAGGAAAUGAAAGCACAGUGAAAAUCCCUCCAGAAGAACAUGUAAUGGAAAAUGAUAAUACACAAACCAGAAAUUCCUUAUCCUUGACCACUUCUUCAAGAUCAAAAAAAUUGUGUGAUGCUACAACAGGACAUAAAAUACACUUGACUAUCCCAAAUAGAAUUCCCAAAAUUAUAAAAGAAGGUGAAGAUGAUUACUAUACAGAUGGAGAGGAAAGCAGCGAUGAUGGGAGAAAACAUCUUGUCAGGUCCAAAUCAGCCAAACCCUCUAGUCAUGUUAAAAAAGGCCUAAGUAGAAAAUAUUCCAAAAGGAGUUCCUCUUCCUCUUUGUCCUCCUCAACUUCAAGUUCAGGCACAGAUUGUUCAGAUGCAGAGUCUGAUAAUAGUACGUCUGAUUCAUCUCCAUCAUUAAAGAAACACCUCUCAGGUGUAACCCACUUGUCACCAAAACAGAAAUCUAAACGAGGAGUAAAAUCAACAGGAACACAGCCUUCAAGUACUAAACCAAAAGUCGGUGACUGCACUGAGGAAUCUGAAGAUACUGUGACAGAUGUCACUCCUUUAUCGACCCCAGACAUCAGCCCUGUCCAGUCUUUUGAACUGGGUAUGGCAAACGAUCAGAAAAUAAAAAUUAAAAGGCAAGAAAAUGUGAGUCAAGAAGUGUAUGGAAAUGUUGAGGAUUUAAAAAGUAAUUUGAAAUCGGCCAAAAAAGGAAAAGAAAAACAUGGGUCAGAUCUCACCUCGAAGUCUUCUCUGUUAGAUUCCAGUUCAGACCACAGAUAUAAACAAAAAGCCUUACAUGACACAAUGGACCUGAAUCAUCUCUUGAAAGCUUUCCUGGAAUUGGAUAAAAAGGGACCACAGAAACAUCACUUAGACCAGCCUUCAGUAGCACCUAGGAGAAACUACUCUUUCACAAGAGAGGAGGUGAGACAGAUUGAUCGGGAAAAUCAGAGGCUUUUGAAAGAACUGUCGAGGCAGGCUGAAAAACCAGGAAGCAAAAAUACAGUUCCUAGAAGAUCGAUUAGUCAUCCCCCUAAGUUGUAUCACAGUGCUGUCAACAGACAGAGGGAACAACAAAGGAUUGAAAGAGAAAAUUUGGCUUUAUUGAAGAGGCUCGAGGCUGUGAAGCCAACAGUCGGCAUGAAGCGCUCGGAGCAGCUAAGGGACUAUCACCGCAACGUGGGCUGUCUCGGCCCGUCGCCGUCCUUACGGCGAGUGAGGGCCACUCUUGGCCAACACAGCCCACUAAGAGGAGCUUCCAGGACAUCUAGUGCUACCAGCGGUCUCAGCUGUAAGAGUGAGGGAGCAGUUUUUGACACAUCUGGUGGCCUGUUGCUAAGACCAAAGCCCCCUAAUGUUCGUGCAGCUUGGUUAUAAAAGCUUUCUACUUUAAACAUUGUUCCUCCAGUUCUUACUGAAGUGCUCUUGUGUAUCACUGUAAUUAUCUGUGUAAACAUCUAUAAUGACUUCUAAGAAUUUUAAGUUGUACAACAGCGAGUUGCAAUUUACUGUAAUUAAAUGCAAAAUUGUUUUCAAAAAAGACAAUUUAAUGUACAAUCGGUGUUUCCUAUGAGGAUGUAUUUAUAGGAGAUGGAUAUGUUAUUUAAUAGAGAAAUGCACGUAUGUUGUCUCAGCAUAGACAUUGAUUCAGCUGCCAUACUGACAGAGCAGUUGUGUAAUAGUAUCACUGCACUUUGGACCCAAGAUGUUAACUAUGUACAUCUCAUUUUAUUUUAUUUUCAUUUUUUACAAGCUUUAAACCAUGAGCAUAACUCCUAACUUUGACUGGCUUUGUUUUCUGUUUGCUUUAGGAUUUAGGUGCUAUGACUCAUAACUUGCACCUAAAUCCUAAAUAACUUUCUUAUUAAUGAAACAAAUGUUAAAAUUUGUUUUCAUUGGUGGAGCUAAUUCACUGGGGUAAUCCUUAAUGAUUCUCCGGAGAUAACUACUACCUCUGCAUAAAUGCGCUGAGUUAGAUCUUAAAAUUUAACCCACCAUUCCAAACUAUUCCCAACUGUGAGUAUUAGGUCCAUUUACAAGCUUCUCUUUCAUGUUUUUGUACAUUUAGGUAAAGUAUUAUUAAUGACUCUGAGAAACGAGGUAGGCCUUAGAGCUAUAGUCUAUUGGUGUUGUGAAUAGUCGCUACAAGGAAACAGAUCAUCAUAAGCAAAAACAAGUGUUUUUUAAACCAGCAAAAUAGCACCACUAGUUUGAAGAGCCAAGUAAAUCCUAAGUUGUAUCAGAAGUGCUUUAAGUAUACUGUUAACAAGUUAAGAAAGAAAUGUAUUGUCUCACAGCUUUAGAAAUUUCAGUUCGUGUUUAUAAGGGCUGAAAAGAAAACUAAAAUAUAAACGAUAAAGGGAGGGAAAUCACAUAUUGUUGAGGCUACUUUAUAUGUCUGCUAAUUUUCUUGUUUCUUGGUUUGGGCUUACAGGUGGAAUCAUGGAAUGUCAUUUUUGUUAGUUCCGCUUUAAAGUCUUAGUAAUCUUACUGGAGUAGUAAGGUAUAAAAUAGGUGACUUUUGAAAUUAGAAUAUUUUUCUAACUUUUAUUUUAUACAACAGAGGCUUUUGCUGUUCUAGUUACCACUGUUUUUCAUUACUGGCCUUUUAAAUAUAUCCUUAGAAUGUAUUGGGAAGCUUCUAUACUAAAUGCCAAGCAUUUUUUUAAUGCAAAUUUUUUAUCUGUAGCCACAAUACUAUUUGCAUUUUUCUGGGUUAACUCGAGCUCUAUAGCAUGUAUGCAGAAAGCCAGACUGCAUUUAACUAAACAUCAUUCCAGAAUUUCGUGGCCCCAGUUUGUGUUCGUUCACAGGUUGUGUUUUAGGGCAGGGCAUCCGAAGCGCGGGGACAGCG